UUUGUUGUCAAAUGUCAUCUAAAUAUUUACAUUUACUACAUUCGCCAUAAGUCGGAUUUCUAUUUUUUUUUGUAAAUUUUUUAUCAAAUGUGUUUAAAAUGUCGGACCUAGUAUCAAAAUGUGUAUUGAGAGUAGAAGUUAAUAACUAUCAAGAAAAUGAAGAUUCUAGAGGUGCAGAAGCUGUAGUUACUACUUCAGAUAAUGUACAGAGAAAUAGAGGUCAACGAAAAAUACGGGACAUAAGUGUAGAAACAUUUCCCAGUCGCCUAGAAAGCCCAAGAGAUGACUGGGGUAUUCUUCCUAAAUAUUCAAGAGAAGCUACUCCUGUCAGUGAAUCGCAAAAAGAGUCCCCUGAUAAGGAAAAUGAAAUAGGGUUUUUCAGUGGAAAUCCCUUUGUAGAAAUUACUAAAGGCAUUUUACAUUUAUAUAAAGAAGAUGUUUUGAGCAGCAGAAAGGAUGCACUCACACUGUGUUUGUUGGGAGUGCCAACUACCAUGCCCUGUCAUGAUUUAUUAACUUUUACUGCACCAUGCCAUGAUGAUAUUUCACAUAUAAGAGUAUUGAGAGAUUCAACUCCUAAUCAGUACAUGGCUUUGUUGACAUUUAGGAACCAUGAUGCUGCAAUGGAGUUCUAUCUAACUUUCAAUGGUGCUCCAUUUAGUAGUCUGGAACCUGAUGGCAUAUGUCGUAUAGUUUGGGUUUCAAAGGUCGAAUGGGCCCAUGAUGGAGUGCCACCACCUGGUCACACUGAGUUACCAACCUGUCCAGUCUGCUUAGAAAGAAUGGAUGAAUCUGUUGAUGGCGUUUUGACAAUUCUCUGCAACCAUGCAUUUCAUGCCAGCUGUUUGGAACAAUGGGGUGACUCCACUUGCCCUGUUUGUAGAUGCGUUCAAAGUCCAGAGCAAGCUGAAACAUCUGAAUGUGAAGAAUGUGACAGUUCUGUUCCAUCACCAGAUUCUCUUUGGAUAUGUCUCAUUUGCGGUCACGUUGGAUGUGGCAGAUACCUAGGUGGCCAUGCUGCAUCACAUUAUCGAGAAACAGGGCAUUGUUAUGCUUUGCAAUUAGGUUCUCAUCGAGUUUGGGAUUAUAAAGGAGACAAUUUUGUUCAUCGGCUUCUACAAAAUAAAGCUGAUGGGAAGUUAGUAGCAUCAGAAGGGCCUCAACCGGAAUCUGAAGGAGCCCAAGAAAAAGUCGAUUCAGUACAACUGGAGUUUACUUACCUUUUAACGUCACAAUUGGAAGAACAGCGAAUGUACUUUGAAGAUAAAAUGUCAUUGUUAGAAAGUCAGCUGUCAGAAGAGACUAAGCUUUUAAGGGAAAAUAUGUCAUCUGUGUCUGAAGAAAAUAAACAACUUAGGUCAAAACUGGUCACUGUUACUAAAGAAAAACAAGUGUUGGAAAAGAAAUUGCAACAACAUCAUUCCAAAUUGACGUCUACAUUGAAUGAUCUCAAUGAGGAGAGGCAGUUGGGUAAAGCGUUACGAAACAACCAACAACAAUGGCAAACUAAAAUAACUAAUUUAGAAGAAAAAUUCAAUGAAUUGAAAUCACAUAAAGAAACUGAAAUUGCCGAUUUGAAAGAGCAAGUUAGAGAUCUGAUGUUUUUUAUUGAUGCACAACGAGUCAUUGAAAAAUCUGAUGAAAAGGAAGAUAUAGCUAGCGGUACAGUUACAAUAGGAGAAGCACCUGAAACUACAAAGCGCAGGAAAGGCAAGAAAAAGCGUUAAAAGGGCAUUAUUUAUGCAAACAAUAUAAUUUAUCUUGAUAAAAAAGUCUUUAAACUGUUAAGCUAAUUUACAUGCUAUAGAAGAUAUUGUGCGUGUUUCUGAUAUCAAAAACCGUUAUUUUUGAAUGUGAUUUAUUUAAGAAAAAUAUUUAUUUUAAUUAAUAAACUAAAGGUGUUUGCUUUACCGUUCGUGGUUGUUCUUGUUAUUAAUUUACCUAU